UUCUCUCAGUUCAUUUCCGGCUGAGCUCUGCGGGCUCUCCCGGAAGAUCACUCUAUGCCUUCGUCUUGUCUCUCUUUCUCUCUGUUUGAUUCGGAGACUUCCUGCGCAUGCGCCCAGAUUCGUGUAAAACCAUGAGAGUCUUAAUCGGUGGCGGGACUGGAUUUAUUGGCCGAAACUUAAGCCGAGUGCUAAGGAGCCAAGGCCAUGAAGUCACCCUUAUUUCUCGUCAGCCUGGAAAGAACCGGUUAACCUGGGAUGAACUCUCCCGUGUAGGCCUCCCAUCCUGUGAAGGAGUGGUCAACCUGGCUGGAGUAAAUGUCCUCAAUCCUCUUCAGAGGUGGAAUGAUGCCUUCCGUCAGGAGGUCAUUUCCAGUCGAGUAGAGACCACAAAAUCCUUGGCGAAAGCCAUCAGAGAUGCUGAACACCCACCUCAGGCCUGGGUCCUUGUCACCGGCAUAGGAUUUUACCGGCCCAGCCACACCACCAAAUACACUGAAGAAAGUCCAGGUGGAGACUUCGAUUUCUUCUCUCGCUUGGUAUCCUCUUGGGAGGAAGCAGCUAAAAUUCCUAGUGAAGCCACUCGCCAAGUGGUAGUGAGAUCUGGUGCUGUGCUGGGCAAAGAUGGUGGUGCCAUUAGCCAGAUGAUAUGGCCUUUCCGCCUUGGACUGGGAGGCCCCAUUGCUUCUGGGCACCAGCAUUUCCCUUGGAUCCACGUCGUCGACUUGUCAGGAAUUGUGACCCACGCCCUGCAGAAAGAGGGCCUUAGAGGCAUUUUAAAUGGUGUGGCGCCUUCUGCCGUGGACACCACCAGCGAGGACUUUGCCCGGGCGAUGGGGUCGGUGCUUAAACGUCCCGCCUUCUUGCCUCUGCCGGGUUUUGUAGUGAAAGCCGUUUUUGGCUCUGAGCGAAGCACCAUGCUGCUCGAUGGGCAGCGGGUGCUUCCCAAGAGGACUCUGGAGAGUGGCUACACGUUUGCAUUCCCUGAUCUUUCCUCAGCUCUCCAGGAUAUUUUAGAUUGACCUGAAGAGACAUGAGGCUGCAUGUCAACGUGUUUCCGUUUUGUCUAAUACUUGCUCGGUAGGCGCAACGCUCAGUCUUGUAAAUAGGUUGGUUUGUAAUGCCGUAGCUUGUUUUUGAGCACUGGAGUUUCCAAGCCAGGAAGUUGCUCUGUUCAAAAAAGUUUGUCUUGUUUCAGAAGAAUGAAAUCUAUGUCAUGGGGGAAACGGUGCUCUAAAGAGAAGAAGAGUAGUAGUCCCGUGGAUGAUAGAUUUGUCAUCUUUUCUUCUAGAAGUUGUCUUACCGCAACUAAAUGAUUAUCGGGAUGGGCAGCAAAAUGUUAUAGUAUCUGUGAAACAAUGCAGCAAUCUUUGAAUGGAGAAUAUACCAGUGGUGGAUUCCCAUGUUGGGUGAACUUUUGAAUGUAUUUAUUUAUUUGGGGGGUGCGAUGGCUUAGAGCAGAGACCUCCAAACUUGGCAAUUU